CAACGUCAUUGCCCGGUGCGAUUCGAUUACCAGAAGAUAACAACCAUUCGUCAGAUGAAGCUACAGUAGUAGCUAAAGGUCGUCAAAAAAUAGCAAAAGCAGUCCAAGCGUGGAAUCCUAAUUUACGCCGCGUUACGAUCCUGGGCAUCACACUGGUAACUCAGUUGGGAUUCUUCAUUGUAUUAAUGCCCUCUGAUGAUUUUGCAGUCAUGCUGGUGGAUGCUACGUCUGCACUUUUCCUGGUCAUCCCUUUCGCCACAUUCAUGCACAAGCUUCACUGGUCUAUUCCUUCGACAUUUACACUGGUAUUCAUUGGAACCUUUUUCUUCAGCCUCUUCACCUUUCCAUUCACAUACCGUGCUCCUGCCUACCUGGAAUUUGAGCAAGUUGUGUCGCUUGACAAUGGUACCAAUAUUGUUCUACUUGCUGGCCCUCGAGGUUAUACCGAGAACGAUAUUGUUCCCCAUUUGCCAUCUUUUAAGGCUAGUACAGACUUGCACCGAUGCAAGGAAUUGCCUAUGGGAUUGGCAGGGCAGCCCGAAUCUACAGUCUGCUUGUGGCAUGGUCUCGCUCCACCUGAACCACCCAUCGACUUAUUAACGGUAGAACAAUCCCAUCUGAUUGGCGAUGUUGCAAGAGUUUGGGUGAAUUAUGCACCUGGCUGCACUGGCUAUGGACUAGAAUUCCAAGGACCUGCGCAACCACAAUGGGAAGGAGUUUCGCGUUCUGAAGAAAAGAGCGGACGU